AUGGUCCUGGCAAAUAGACUGAGGUGCAUCCGCAAAAACCGCAGCAACAACACAAGCAGCAGCAGCGAAAAUCAGAACAGCGGACGCAGCAACAACACAAGCAGCAGCAGCGAAAGUCAGAACAGCCGAGGCAGCAACAACACAAGCAGCAGCAGCGAAAGUCAGAACAGCCGAGGCAGCAACAACACAAGCAGCAGCAGCGAAAGUCAGAACAGCCGAGGCUGCAACAACACAACCAGCAGCAGCGAAAGUCAGAACAGCCGAGGCAGCAACAACACAAGCAGCAGCAGCGAAAGUCAGAACAGCCGAGGCAGCAACAACACAAGCAGCAGCAACUGCCAGAGCAGCAACAGGAAAAAGAGCUCCAGCAAAACGAGCGACCCGUGCAGGUGGAGGUCUGCUUUGAUUCUUUCUUUCUUUCUUUCUUUCUUUCUUUCUUUGUCUGAUUUUCUCCUACUAUUGUUCUCCCUCUUCUUCUUCUUUCUUUCUUUCUUUCUUUCUUUCUUUGCUUUUCUCCUGCUCUUGUUCUCCCUCCUCUUCUUUUUGCCUUUCUUUCUUUCUUUCUUUUCUUUUCUUUCUUUCUUUUCUUUCUUUCUUUUCUUUUUCUUUCUUUGUCUGCUUUUCUCCUGCUCUUGUUCUCCCUCUUGUUCUCCCUCUUCUUUCUUUCUUUCUUUCUUUCUUUCUUUCUUUCUUUCUUUCUUUCUUUCUUUGCUUUUCUCCUGCUCUUGUUCUCCCUCCUCUUCUUUUGCCUUUCUUUCUUUCUUUCUUUCUUUCUUUCUUUCUUUCUUUCUUUCUUUGCUUUUCUCCUGCUCUUGUUCUCCCUCCUCUUCUUUUGCCUUUCUUUCUUUCUUUCUUUCUUUCUUUCUUUCUUUCUUUCUUUCUUUCUUUCUUUCUUUCUUUCUUUCGUCUGCUUUUCUCCUACUAUUGUUCUCCCUCUUCUUUCUUUUUCUUUCUUUCUUUCUUUCUUUCUUUCUUUCUUUCUUUCUUUCUUUCUUUCUUUCUUUCUUUGCUUUUCUCUUACUAUUGUUCUCCCUCUUCUUUCUUUCUUUCUUUCUUUCUUUCUUUUUUUCUUUCUUUCUUUGUCGGCUUUUCUCCUGCUCUUGUUCUCCCUCUUCUUCUUUUGCCUUUCUUUCUUUCUUUCUUUCUUUCUUUCUUUCUUUCUUUCUUUCUUUCUUUCUUUCUUAUCUAAUGCAACACAAUGGUCUUUAUUUUCUCUCACCACCCCUCAACACAAACCUACAUUAUCUAAUCAGACAAAAGAACCGGCGCUAA